AGGAAAAGAAACGGUGGGAUCCAUGAUAACCCCUACACAACAAACAUACAACUCAUGGUGGAAACAACCCUGUGAAAGUGAGUUCCCGUAUGGAAGCUUGACGUUAGAUCGCAGAGUUUGUUCCGAAUACGCGCCCCGGACGUGGGUUUUGAAACGCACGCGAUGUCUGCCUCCGCUGUUUUUGUGCUGGAUUUGAAAGGAAAGGUUUUGAUUUGUCGCAACUAUAAGGGCGACGUGGACAUGGCAGAGAUUGACCACUUCCUGCCUUUGCUGAUGCAACAGGAAGAGGAGGGUCUUCUCUGUCCUGUGAUGUCACACGGCAAUGUUCACUUCCUGUGGAUCAAGCACAGCAACCUGUACUUGGUGGCCACUACAAACAAAAACUCAAAUGCUUCUCUUGUGUACUCCUUCCUCUACAAACUAGUCGAGGUUUUCACAGAGUACUUUAAAGAACUGGAGGAGGAGAGUAUUCAGGACAACUUUGUAGUCGUCUAUGAGCUGCUGGACGAGCUGAUGGACUUCGGCUUUCCCCAAACCACUGACAGCAAGAUCUUACAGGAGUACAUUACCCAGGAAGGUGCCAAGCUGGAGGUGGCAAAGUCCAAAGUUCCAACGACUGUCACCAACGCUGUCUCCUGGAGGUCCGAGGGCAUCAAAUACAAGAAGAACGAGGUCUUUAUUGAUGUCAUCGAGUCCAUCAAUGUACUGGUCAAUGCCAACGGCAGUGUGAUGAGCAGUGACAUUGUGGGCAGCAUCAAACUGAAGACCAUGUUGUCUGGCAUGCCUGAACUUCGACUGGGCCUCAAUGAUCGAGUGCUUUUUGCCCUCACUGGACGUGACAAAGGGAAGACGGUGACCAUGGAGGAUGUUAAGUUCCACCAGUGUGUACGACUCUCACGAUUUGAAAGCGAUCGUACAAUCUCCUUCAUCCCUCCAGACGGCGAGUCUGAACUCAUGUCCUACCGCAUUAAUACUCAUGUGAAACCUCUGAUAUGGAUUGAAUCGGUCAUAGAGAAAUUCUCUCACAGUAGAGUGGAAAUCAUGGUCAAGGCUAAGGGACAGUUUAAAAAGCAGUCUGUCGCAAAUAACGUGGAGGUGAGGGUGCCUGUGCCAAGUGACGCCGACUCGCCCAAAUUCAAAACAAGCACAGGCCAUGCCAAGUAUGUCCCCGAGAAGAACCUAGUAGUGUGGACCAUAAAAUCUUUCCCUGGAGGUAAAGAAUUUCUGAUGAGGGCUCACUUUGGCCUGCCCAGUGUGGAGAAUGACGAGGCUGAGGGCAAGCCUCCCAUUACUGUUAACUUUGAGAUCCCAUACUUUACAGUCUCAGGGAUACAGGUGCGAUACAUGAAGAUCAUUGAAAAAAGUGGUUAUCAGGCUUUACCUUGGGUCCGGUACAUCACACAGAGUGGAGAUUACCAACUAAGGACAAACAUAUAAUACGUAUACCCGACAGUCUAUUCCUCACUACCAGGACUUCCAGAGACCAUCCAAUACUUUUGCACUCCAAAAGAAUGUCUUAAAUUUUAACUCUUUCUGCUUGAAGUCAACUAUUUUGCUGCUUUUGUUUCAUGAAGAUGGCAUUCAUCUGAAUUCAAAUGAGGUUGAUUGUGAGAUUGUUUGAAAUUAUUAAAAUGUUUACCAAAUUAUCUCUCUACAAAUUAUAUCCAUAAAUUACAUCCCUUGUCAAGCAAUGACCAUUGUUGUUUUGUCACACACCUUCUCCUUUUCUUAUCUGGUUUCUAUUUCAUCUCGCCUGCGAGAAGGAUUAAAGACGUAUUCCUUUCCAGAUGGAACACUAAAUCGUGCAAUCUCAGUUACCAUAUUCCGCGCAAACUAUAAUUUGGACCCGCCUUUUUUACAUUUGGAGAUUUCCAAA